CGCUCCUUCAAAAUACAGGACCCCUCUAACCUGCAGGAAAACAGUGGAUUUUAUCGGUCGUAACGAGGACCAAUAAGAGGCGGCGGUAAAUGUCACAACGUUACCGGGAAAACACCACCAUUCCGGGAUAAAACGCUGACAAACCGGGUCACGGAGUAAUGUCUCUGAGUUUUACUUUGUCAGCCGCAUCUGUUAACCGGAAAAAAUUGAACAACAUUAGCGUGACGCAUGCUAGCUUGACUGUUGCUAUCCCGUGGAUAAGGGAGUUUUUUUCUCACAUUUCUGAAUAAAAUCGCGUCCAGUUUACCUUACAGCACACUGGAGUUCCCCUAAGACAACUGGGGGAAGUCUUACAGAGACCACACAGCCGCUGGAUAUACAUUAGGACUGGGUGGAGAAGAUGUCUUCGCCUGUGUACUACAGCCAUGACAGUGCUAUCCGCUUCAAGAAGAGAAAAGCUCGUUUUUCUUUCAGUGAAGUCCAUGUGCUGCUGGAUGAAGUGAGGAAGAAUCGGGCUGUAGUUGUGGGCAAAUUCAACCGAGGUGUCCCGACUGACUCAAAGAAGCGCACAUGGGCGGAGAUAACUGCACGUGUCAAUGACAUUGGGGAGUGCCAACGUGAGGUCAUAGAGGUCAUCAAGAAAUGGUCUGAUCUGAAGUGCGACACCAAACGCAAAGUGGCGGCCAUGCGGUCGGGGACCGUGCCCAACAGAGGACUCAACUCACGUCUUUCCCGAGACCUCACUCAGACGGAGAAGAUAGUCCUUCAGAUUCUAGAGAUGGAUGAAGACGACCAGAGCCCCGGCGAUUUCGGUCCGCUGGGAGAUGAUGAUGAUGUUCCUGAGGAAGAGGAGGAGAUCGAAGAGGAGGAUAUGAUGGGAAUGCAGAGUUCUCCUAACGGUGGGGUUGACAUGGCGUCCAUGCCCCCACCGCCUUCCUACAGUAUGAAGGGCUUCAUGAAUUCAGGGGACUCAUCACAGCCAGCUUAUGAUGUGCAGUAUGAGCUACCCCCAACAGAAGAUACUGAAGCCGCAUUUGGAGAUUCAGAUGACGAUCAAAGAGAAGAUGUGCUUCCCCCCACCCAGCCAGCAAAAUCAGCCGAAGUGCAUCAAGUGAACAAUGGCAUCCAUAAACACAUGCAACCUCAGAUGCCUGGAGCGCCGGCAUCAGCGGCCACGCUUCCUACGACCGGUCAGCUGCCACACAACUCCAGGGACAGCCUGCUGCAGAACGCCGCCCUGAGCCUGCAGGAGCAGCAUGCCACCAACAUGCUGCUGGAGACCGUGUCGCGCUCGCUGGAGCUGCUGGCCGAGUCGGUGCAGCAGCUGGCAGAGACUCAGCAGGAGUUUGUGCGGGAGUCGCUGCAGCUGCAGCGGGAGACGGUGCAGGUUCUUAGAGACUUCACGGGUGGAGCCAUCUCCCUCAUGCAUGACAAACUGAAUGGACGGCCAGCUUUAUAACACAACCCAGACGUGGAGAAGCUGUGUCCCUGACUUUGUGCUUGGCCCUCAGGUGCAGGAACAUUAAGUUCUGUUGGUUGGCGCGGCACGUAUGCUUACUGUACUUUAUUUUAAAACCUAAUUGGUACUUACAUAAAAAAGUUUUUUAUUAUUUCUACCGUAGGUGGAUUCCUCCUGCUUCAUUUUUCUAAAUUAUACACCAGAUUUAAAACUUUAAUUUUAAUGUGAUCUUGAUUAAAAAAAGAGUGAUUUUUCUUUUUAAAAUAUCUUGACGUUGAUUUUGUGUGUUUUGCUGUAUCUUUCCUUUGCCUCGGUGUCUGGAGAUUACCACAUGUACUGUAAUGGUUGAGUGGACGUCUGCACCUGACCAUCAUAUGGUCCUUAUUGUCUAGAAGCUCAAUAAGCUGUUAUUAGAUUAAUUCAAAGGAACUAUAUGUAAAGAGUUUGUGACUGUCUGAUCUUUGUCUUUUAUAUUACACAAACACUUGAAUGAAAAGAUUCCAUUUAGUUCUUUUGAAUAAGAAAUAAACCCCUCAUGUAGUAAAAA